GUACGGAUUCGUCAAUCACGCCCUGGAGCUGCUGGUGAUUAGGAAUUACGGCCCCGAGGUCUGGGAGGACAUCAAAAUUUAGAAAUGGAUCCUGGAAAUUACAGGCCAGUUAGCUUAACAUCUAUCCCAGGAAAACUGGUGGAAAGUAUUGUUACAGAUAAAAUAACCAAGUGUGUAGAAGAACAAGCCUUGCUAAAGCAGACCCAGCAUGGCGUCUGCAAGGGCGGGAGGCACAAUUGGAUGAAGAAGGGCAGUUUCUAGUCAGAAUUAUUUAUGAUGAUUCUAAAACAUAUGAUCUCGUUGCUGCAGCAAGCAAAGUCCUUAACCUUAAUGCUGGAGAAAUCCUUCAGAUGUUUGGGAAGAUGUUUUUUGUGUUUUGUCAAGAAUCUGGUUAUGACACCAUCUUGCGUGUGCUGGGCUCAAAUGUUAGAGAAUUUUUACAGAACCUUGAUGCCCUUCAUGACCAUCUUGCUACAAUAUACCCAGGUAUGCGUGCCCCUUCCUUUAGAUGUACUGAUGCAGAAAAGGGGAAGGGACUCAUUCUGCAUUACUAUUCAGAGAGAGAAGGGCUCCAAGAUAUUGUCAUUGGAAUCAUCAAAACAGUUGCUCAACAAAUCCAUGGCACAGAAAUAGAUAUGAAGGUCAUUCAACAAAGAAACGAAGAGUGUGAUCAUAUUCAGUUUUUAAUUGAAGAGAAGGAGUCUAAGGAAGAAGAUUUUUAUGAAGACCUGGAUAGAUUUGAAGAGAAUGGUACCCAGGAGUCUCGCAUCAGUCCUUACACUUUUUGCAAGGCUUUCCCUUUCCAUAUUAUAUUUGAUAGAGAACUAGUUGUCACCCAGUGUGGCAAUGCAAUAUACAGAGUUCUUCCACAACUCCAGCCAGGGUAUUGCAAUCUUUUGUCAGUGUUUUCACUGGUUCGUCCUCAUAUUGAUAUUAGUUUCCAUGGAAUCCUCUCACAUAUCAACACUGUCUUUGUGCUGAGGAGCAAGGAAGGGCUGUUGGAUGUGGAAAAGUUGGAGUGCGAAGAUGAAUUAACUGGUACAGAAAUAAGCUGCUUACGUCUUAAGGGUCAAAUGAUCUACUUACCUGAAGCAGAUAGUAUUCUCUUUCUUUGUUCUCCAAGUGUGAUGAAUUUGGAUGAUUUAACCAGGAGAGGACUUUACCUAAGUGACAUUCCACUGCAUGAUGCUACCCGUGAUUUGGUCCUUUUGGGAGAGCAGUUCAGAGAGGAAUACAAGCUGACACAAGAGUUGGAGAUACUAACAGACAGGCUUCAGCACACAUUAAGAGCACUGGAAGAUGAAAAGAAAAAGACAGACACCUUGCUGUAUUCUGUCCUUCCUCCAUCUGUGGCCAAUGAGCUGAGGCACAAGCGUCCCGUGCCAGCAAAGCGUUAUGAUAAUGUGUCCAUACUUUUUAGUGGCAUUGUUGGGUUUAAUGCCUUCUGCAGCAAACAUGCUUCUGGAGAGGGAGCCAUGAAAAUUGUCAAUCUCUUAAAUGACCUUUACACAAGAUUUGAUAUUCUGACAGAUUCACGAAGGAAUCCCUUUGUUUAUAAGGUUGAGACAGUUGGAGACAAGUAUAUGACAGUAAGUGGCUUGCCAGAGCCAUGUAUUCAUCAUGCACGUUCUAUCUGCCAUUUAGCUUUGGAUAUGAUGGAAAUAGCCGGACAGGUUCAAGUUGAUGGAGAGUCUGUACAGAUAACAAUAGGCAUUCACACAGGAGAAGUAGUUACGGGUGUCAUUGGCCAAAGGAUGCCCCGUUAUUGUCUUUUUGGAAAUACUGUUAAUCUAACAAGCAGAACAGAAACUACUGGAGAGAAAGGGAGGAUCAAUAUUUCUGAAUAUACUUACAGAUGUCUGAUGUCUCCAGAAAAUUCAGACCCACAAUUCCACCUGGAACACAGAGGUCCUGUUUCCAUGAAGGGUAAAAAAGAGCCAAUGCAAGUUUGGUUUUUGUCCAGAAAGUGCACAGAGACAGAGGAAGUAACACACGAUGCUAACUGAGCCAGGCAAAAUGCAAGAGGACAAAGAACAGAGUGGAACAUUGUGUCCUGCCACUAAUGUAGGGUGGUAAUAAUUAGAUGUGACUGCUGUUGCUACGUUUUUGUCUCUUCCAUUUGCUCAUCUGAUUUGUGCCAAACAAUAACAUUUUCACCAGGCUCCUCUGGGCUCUCUUGCUGCUUUUUGUUUGCUCUGCUGGUGAUACUGAAAUAUGCCUUUUGUGGGUAUGUGUAUCCCAAGAUCUUUCGUCUCCCUUUCUUUAUCUUAAAACCUAACAUAAUGACAAUUUUUUAGCUACAUGUGCUCUUGCCAACCAUAAGGAAUCUAGUGUUUCACACAUGUGCUUCUCAUCUCCAUCUUUAGUGAUUAAUCACCACAAUCUUUAUGGUGGUGUGACUCACAACUGUUUUUUCAAGGAAAGAAAUUCUAAUUGAUAGCAAGAAUCAUGAGCUCAGAGAACUGAUACUUUUAUAGCCAUGAUUUGGCAUUUUGUUGUCAAGCUUAUCAUAAAAAUCCAUCUGCUUUCCUCCAAUCUGCUAUUGUAAAAUAUUGCCAUUUGUUCUAGAAGGUAGCUUCAAUCCGCUGUUGAUUGCUCUUUUGCUAUGUACUGACUGUCUGCUGAUGCAACAUAUGCAUUUUGUAUAUGGAAGAGAAGGGUAGGUUGUUUAAUAUUAUGUUAUAGUAGGAAAUGUGAGCCACUUUCUAUUCUAAAUCUCAUUGUGUUAUCUUCUGUUCCUUGUACUGACUACUAGUAGUAAAGAUGAUUCAUGCAUACCUGCAUAAUAUGUUGCUGGACAACAUUUUAUAUCAUGCAUAAUGAUAUUAUUAUUAAUUAUUAUUAUUAUUAGUAGUAGUAGUAGUAGUAGAGUGGGGGAUGAGAGUUUCAAAAAAAAAUUGGAAGCCCAACUUUUGAGUGCCAGAAUAAUGCAGAACUCUGGGGCAGCCAAAUUUAUCCUGAAAUCAGGGAACCUAUAAUAAUCCACAGAUCUUGAGCGUUCUGCACUUUGACAAAGGCUAUGUCCUACAUGACAUGGAUAGGCAUGUGUAAUAUGACCUUGAAACCACAGCUAUAGCCUACAAAGUAUGGAUUAGGUACACAUUGCAAGACAGAAUGGAUCAAGUAGCUGCCAAAAAAGUAUCUAAUAAUACAACAAAGAUUGAAGAAAAUGACCUGCGUUGAACCCUUGAAAUGCACUAGGAUUUUUAAAACGGAGGCUUCUACAAUACAGCCUUUUCAGUUGCCCUGUUGCUUUGGUUGAGCUCAGCAGUGGCAGAACAGCAGAAAUGACCAUAUAUGCACUAUGCAAGUUGUAACUUGCAUAAGAUUUCUAAGGUCUGCUGUAGAGCAUACCACAUAUGAUUGUAACAUGCCAGUGACUAGAAGCAUGUGUCUAAGCUUAGCACAGUGCAGAACCUGCUAUGAAUUCUUGAAAGUUCUUUUGGAAAUCUUUUCCCCAAAGGAUCUGGUCAGAAUGCUCCCUUGGGUCAAGUUCAGAGGCAAAAAAUUAAUUUCCUACUAAUUUCUCAUAAGUGAAAGACAUGUUUUAGAGAUGGUCAUCAAGCAGAGCCUCUGUUUAUCUCAUUUUUAUAAUUAUCCUUGUUUUAUUGCUUUAAAAAACCACAGAUGUCCAUUGUUAUAUAAAUAACCUUGAUUAUCCAGAGUUGUCACAUGUUCGUAUAUAUAGACAUGCGUAAAUGUAACUUCCAUGUGAACAGCACUUGUAUUUUUAUGAACUUCUGAUUAUCCUGUAUUCUAAACCUGUCAGAACUGAUACGAUCAGUUUCGAUAUAUUGUAAGAAUAAUACAUUGACAAUUUAUUUCAUAUUUUUAAAUAUGCCUUUAUAAAAUAUAAAUGUGUACAUACAUGUAUAUAUACAUAAAUAUGAAUGUAAUGUAUAAACUUUGUCAGUACCUAGUUUAUAUAUAUCUUAUCAACACAAAAUAUAUGUAUAAAUGUUUUAUGUUAAUGUGUACCAGGAAGGUCUUUAAAUUAUGGGCUUUUUCUCACUGAUGUUUGAAAGGGGUUUUCCCCACAAUGGAGAAUUAUGUUA